AGAUGCUGACGGAGCGGUACCCCGAGCUUCCGGACUUGCCCCGAGAAGUCUUUGCUGUUGAUCCAACCAGUAUAUGUCAAACUCCAAACACAGAGGUUCUCUACAGGUGCAGGAAAUGCAGGCGUGCGCUGUUCCGUAGUUCCAGCAUUUUGUCCCACACGGAAGGAAGCGGUCCAACAGCCUUUGCCCACAAGAGGAUAACAGACUCUGCUCAGCUUUGUGGCGAUGGCCGUGAGAAGUGUACCUCUUACUUCACUGAGCCCGUGCAGUGGAUGGAGCCAGCGUUGCUUGGAGUAAUGGAAGGACAGCUUCUGUGUCCCAAAUGCACAUCGAAGCUAGGCUCCUUCAGCUGGCGGGGUGAGCAGUGUUCCUGUGGCCGCUGGGUGACGCCUGCCUUCCAGAUUCACAAAAGUCGAGUGGAUGAAGUGAGGACACUGCCAGUUGGUAACUUCCAAGCUGCCAAAACCUGAACUCAUCCCUUCUCUCAAUGGAUUUCUUAAUGCCCACAGGGAACCGCUGGCUGGCCUGUGGUUGCCAGGAACGAGCUUGUGACUUCUACCCCUUUGCAAUGUGGUGGGAUUACUUGAACAUAAUCUCUAUUCAAGCUUUCUGUAUCUCUAAUAUAUAUAAAAUAGCAAACGCUUCCUUCAAAGAGGUGUUAUGCAGUGGUCAAA